AGGGGCUUCAAUUCACUACAGUCUCUCACCGAUUCACUUCUUCAUCUCUCUCGCUAAUUCACAAUGGGGCUUUGUACAGUUCAGCCUAUCACUCUCUCAAAAUUUCCCAAUGCCUCACCAUUUUUUCGUAAACCCUCUAUUCCUCUCAGACAAACCCCCUUCACUACCACCGCUGCUCUCUUAUCUCGAUCGAUUUUCCUGAGAGAUUUGUUGCCAAGGGCUACAACAUCUGAGGAAACAUCCAAUGGGGCUAGUCAAUUUUUUGAUGAGAAACGUGAUGGUGUCAUAAUUCUGGAGGAUGUCAAAGCAGCUGAUAAGAAUGAGUUCAAUGAAACUGAGGUGACUGAAGACACAAAGGAAGAGUUACCUGCAGAUGAACAAGGCCUGUCCAUGGAUUUGCUGGAUAAGCUCAAUUUUGACACAGAUGACACUGGUUCUCUUGUCUUGUAUGGUGGUGGUGCUAUAGUGGCUGUGUGGUUAACAGCAGCCGUUAUAGGUGCAAUUGACUCUAUCCCAUUGUUUCCCAAGUUGUUGGAAGUUGUAGGGCUUGCAUAUACAGUAUGGUUCAGUUCCCGUUAUCUGCUUUUCAAGAAAAAUAGAGAUGAGCUGGCUGCUAAAAUAGAGGAGCUCAAGGAACAAGUUCUUGGUUCAGGAGAUAAUUGAUGAGAAUAUAUUUGUGCUGUGCUUUAAAUAUGAAUGUACAGUUACAUUUGGUCUAGUUAAGGGAAUAUGUUGAUUCUUCCCCAUCCCCUAUACCGCCCCUUUUGCUGCACAGGCAAGAACUGUAUAUGUAGUUUUGGUUGAGAAGUAAAAUAGUCUGAUUCAGCAACCGCCUUCUGGUAUUUCUAGUACCAAAAUUGUUCGUUGGCGCAUUGUACUCGUCCUUUCCUUUCUCACUGGUUGCACAUUCUGCAACAGAUAUUUUUAGUUUAAAUAAUGGCCAGGAAAGAUUUGCAUUUGUAUUUU